AUGGCGGAGCGGGCCGGGUCGGCCUCCCGGGAGGUGCCUGAGCACGAGUCUGUAGGCUGCCGCGAGAGUGAGCGGCUCGAAAGAAUGGGUCCGCGCCACGGGGUCCGGACCUGGCACCGGGCUCGCAGCUGUGGCGGGUUAAGUGUGCUUGACCACGGCACUUCCCCCUUACAGCAGGAUCAAGGCGAGAAGGAGAACCCCAUGCGCGAACUGCGCAUCCGCAAGCUCUGUCUCAACAUCUGCGUGGGGGAGAGUGGAGACAGACUGACCCGGGCAGCCAAGGUCCUGGAGCAGCUCACGGGCCAGACCCCUGUGUUCUCCAAAGCCAGGUACACCGUCAGAUCCUUCGGCAUCAGGAGAAAUGAAAAGAUCGCCGUGCACUGCACCGUCCGAGGGGCCAAGGCAGAAGAGAUCCUGGAGAAGGGUCUGAAGGUGCGGGAAUAUGAGUUACGAAAAAAUAACUUCUCGGAUACUGGAAACUUUGGUUUCGGGAUCCAGGAACACAUCGAUCUGGGGAUCAAAUAUGACCCAAGCAUCGGUAUCUACGGCCUGGACUUCUAUGUGGUGCUGGGUAGGCCAGGUUUCAGCAUCGCAGACAAGAAACGCAGGACAGGCUGCAUUGGGGCCAAACACAGGAUCAGCAAAGAGGAGGCCAUGCGCUGGUUCCAACAGAAGUAUGAUGGCAUCAUCCUUCCUGGCAAAUAAAUUACUGUUUCUAUCCAAAAGAUCAAUAAAACGUCUUCAGUAAAAUGUA